AUGGUGAAGAGUGGAGUUGCUGUGUUUUUCCUUCUUUUGGGUUUAGCUUUGACACAAUGCAUGGCUACUGAUGAUGCCAAAUCUCCAUCACCACCCACCCCAGCCCACCCAGGGUUUUCAUGGUGGCACCCUGACCCUAAGCUUAUAAAGUGCAUGGGAGAUUACCGUGCUGCUGCUGGAACUUGUUACCGUGAGGAGCUCUUGUGCUCUUCUUUUGUCUUUUCUUUAGCUUUGACACAAAGUUUUGCUGCUUCUGAUGCCAAAGCUCCUGCACCACCCUCGCCAUCCAAAGGUUCCCCAUGGUGGCACCCUGACCCUAGCAAGCUUCAAAAGUGCACUGGAGCUUACCGCACUGCUCCGGGAACGUGCUACCGUGAGAUUUUCGUAUCUUUUUGGAUACGAAAGGUUGCCAUUGGGGAAGAUUGCUGUAAGGACAUUGUAGAAGCUGAUGAUGAUUGUGCCUCUACUGUGUUCAGCCAGUUCAACAACCACUUCUUCCAGAUGUUGAAGCAACAUUGCUCGAACAAGGAAGGCCACGCCAGCACCAUCGCCACCAAAGGCAACACCGGCACCACCUCCACCGAAAGCAACACCAUCACCACCAAAGUCAUAAGAUUUCUAGUCGAGUCUUAGAUUAGGGUUAUUUUAGUAUUCUUUUGGUAUUUUAUUAACAUUAAUUAAACUUUAUUUAAAUCUUUAGGUGGUGGCUGUGGUUGGGUCAAACACAGCUUUAAUUAGUUCCCCUAACUGCCAAGCUUCCAAAUUUUCUAAGACUUCCUCCUAACACCGACCCUUAAGAUAAUAAAACUUCAACUAUUGCUUGCAAAGUUGCAAUGCAAAGGU